GAAGGAAACAUGAGAUCACUGAAAUUUCUUGUAGUUGUACUAUGCGAUUUAUUUCUAGCCACCAACAUCGUUUAUGGGAAUCCUAAAAUGAAAGCUGUUCUAUUUACACCCGGUGGCGCAGAGAACCUACAUAUCGGCACAGCUCCAAAGCCAACAGCCGAAAAGACACGAGUGUUGAUCCGCGUGGAAUACACGGCAUUGAAUCGGGCAGACACUCUCCAAAGGCGAGGACUCUACCCUCCCCCUGCUGGGGAAUCGGACAUUCUUGGACUUGAGGUGUCUGGUGUGAUAGAAGAAGUGGGAGAGGAAUGUGUUAGGAAAUGGAAGAAAGGCGACAAAGUUAUGUCUUUAUUGGGAGGAGGAGGGUAUGCAGAAUAUGUUGCUGUUGAAGAGGUCCUUGUCAUGCCCGCACCUGAUUCUCUUGAAUUUUCUGAAGCUGCAGCCAUUCCUGAAGCAUGGCUAACAGCAUAUCAACUUCUGCACUUUCUUGGGAGAGUUAGAAGUGGUGAUGUGGUGCUUAUCCAUGCUGGUGGCAGUGGUGUUGGAACAGCACUGGUACAACUGUCAUUAGUGGCUGGAGCACAGCCAUAUGUGACUGCAGGCUCAGAGGAAAAGAUCAAAAUGGCAGAGUCACUUGGAGCCAAGGGAGGCUUCAAUUAUAAGACAGGAGAUUUUUCCAACUGGAUAGAAAGUGUGACAGGAGGAAAAGGGGCAGAUGUAAUCUUUGACUGUGUUGGUAGUUCCUUCUGGGAGCAAAACAUUAGGAGCCUCGCUCUUGAUGGUCGUUGGGUACUGUAUGGUUUGUUAGGAGGAGGAAAUGUCAGUGGGAACUUACUUAGAGAUUUGUUAAAAAAGAGAGGAUCACUCAUAGCCACAACACUGAGAAGUAGAUCUCUUGAGUACAAGGCAGAAUUAGUGCAAGCAUUUACAAAAACCAUUGUUCCACUAUUUGCCACUGGUAAAAUGAAGACCAUUGUGGACUCAGUGUUUACAAUGGAUCAGAUACAACUUGCUCAUAAGAAGAUGGAGUCCAACCAAAACAUUGGAAAAAUAGUUAUUAAGAUAGCUACACCUCAAGUAGAUGAAAACGUCACAAAAAAUAAAUCUGAACUCUGAUCUGCAUUUGGCUCUCUAGGCCAGGUGUAGGUUAGCUUCUCAACCACUCACCCCUGUUAGGGGUGAAUGGUUGAGAAGCUAACAUGGUCGUUGAAGGGUUUUUUUGGCCCUCACUAUGUACAGUUCUAGGGCAUAACAAUUAACUUACAGACCAAUACAAACUAUCCAUUAAUUUAUUCGAUCAUAAUAUUUGUCUGCAUAAUGAAAGACUGUGCUCGGCCAGGAAGCUUCCCACAAUCCUACAGCACCUCUGCUUUCAUAGUCUAUUUUUGCAUGAUUUUCAACCCUGUAAUGUACUUUGUCUCGGGAGGAAAGGCUAUUGGCGUCGCACAAGCAAAUGCUGAAGAACGUAGGUUCAGUUUGUUGACUGAUUCAUUGAUAGGACAAC